AUGUUUACGUUUCGACCACGCCCCCUGCUCCUCUUCCCUCUCUCAUUGGCCGCAGCUCUGUCCCCGCCCCCUCACGGGCUCCACCUCCCCUGGCCGCAGCUUCCGGUCGCGCAGUCGAGCAGCGGCGGCCGCGGGGAGCGGAGCUCUCAGGCCAUGGCGGCGGCCGAGGCCCAACCGCUGCAGCCUCCGCCGCCCGGCGGGGUUGGGGCCGGCACCGAGCGAGCCCUGGAGGAAGCGGCGGCCUCCGGGACCCUCAUCCUGGCCGGGCGCCGCCUCCGCUCCUUCCCCGCGGCUGCGGCCCGGCGCUGGGACAUCAGCGACACCACACAGGCCGACCUCUCCCGCAACCGCUUCGGGGAGGUGCCGGAGGCCGCCUGUCACCUGCCGGCACUGGAGGGGCUGAGCCUGCACCACAACUGCCUCCGCAGCGUCCCCCCGGCCAUCGCCAACCUCCAGGCCCUCGCCCACCUCGACCUCAGCCGGAACCACCUGAGCUCGCUGCCCCCCUCCCUCUGCCUCCUGCCCCUGCGCGUCCUCAACGCCAGCAACAACCGCUUGGCCCAGCUCCCGGACAACAUCGGCGCCAUGGGGGCCCUGCGGCAGUUGGACGUGAGCUCCAACGCGCUGCGGGCGCUGCCACCGGGGCUGGGGCAGCUGCGGGCGCUGCGGGACCUGAACCUGCGCCGCAACCUCCUCACGGUGCUGCCUAUGGAGCUCUCGGGGCUCCCCCUUGUGCACCUCGACUUCUCCUGUAACCGGAUCGUGGCCAUUCCCCGGUGCUACCGGCGCCUGCGGCACCUCCAGAGCAUCCUCACCGAGCACAACCCCCUGCAGAGCCCCCCCGCGCAGAUCUGCCUCAAGGGCAAAGUUCACAUCUUCAAGUACCUGGAGACUGAGGCUGCAGCCACCCGGGCGCCCCCCCCCGCAGGCCCCAUGGAGGAGCUGAGCCCCCCCCGGCAUCGCCAUGGCCUGGACUCGGGGUUCCACAGCGUGGACAGCGGCAGCAAGCGCUGGUCCGGCAAUGAGUCCACAGAGGAGUUUGCAGAGCGGCUGCCCCAGGGCAAGCGCUGUGGUGAGUGGGGGAGCACCCCCAUGACCCCAAUAACACCCCUAUGGGACCCCCCCAUAACCCCUAUGGGACCCCCCCAUCACCCCUAUGGGAUCCCCCCAUCACCCCUAUGGGAUCCUCCCCCUCACCCCUUCCUUCCCCAUAGCCACCUGGACCCAGGCCCCCCCUCUGAGCCCAGGAGCACCCCGGUUCUAACCAAAGCCCCCCGCCCCCCCCGUGUCCUCCUCCGCUCCAGACUGGGUAACGCACAAACACCCCCCCCUUGUGCCCCCCCCAAUGCCCCCCCCCACUUUGUGACCCCCAUUUCCCCCACAGCCCCUCCGGAUGCCAGCGAGGGGGAGCUGAUGGCUGAGAUGCAGCAGAGCAUCGAGUCCCUGCUGCAGCUGCGCCUGGGCAAUGAGGAGCUGCUCUCCCGCCUGACCCAGCGCCUGCGGCCCCCCCUCGCUGCACAGCCGCUGCCCCCCGGGCUCCUCGCUGGCUUCGCCCUCUUCUACGGCCUGGUCAUGGCUCUGCUUUAUGCUGGGUACCGAGCGCUGUUCGGGUGCUGAGGGGGGGGGCACCCCCCCUUCACCCCACAACCCCC